GCCAGGCAGAGCCCCGCGCAGCCAUGGAGUCGCUCCUGCUGCCGGUGCUGCUGCUCUUGGCCGUACUGUGGACGCAGGCAGCCGCCCUCAUUAACCUCAAGUACUCGGUAGAAGAGGAGCAGCGCGCCGGGACGGUGAUCGCCAACGUGGCCAAGGACGCACGCGAGGCGGGCUUUGCUCUGGAUCCACGGCAGGCCUCUGCCUUCCGUGUGGUGUCCAAUUCAGCUCCGCACCUGGUGGACAUUAACCCCAGUUCGGGCCUGCUUGUCACCAAGCAGAAGAUCGACCGCGACCUCCUGUGCCGCCAGAGCCCCAAGUGCAUCAUCUCGCUCGAGGUCAUGUCUAGCUCAAUGGAGAUAUGCGUGAUUAAGGUGGAGAUCAAGGACCUGAACGACAACGCGCCCAGCUUCCCAGCGGCCCAGAUCGAGCUGGAGAUCUCAGAGGCAGCUAGUCCUGGCACGCGCAUCCCGCUGGACAGCGCCUAUGACCCCGACUCGGGCAGCUUUGGCGUGCAGACAUAUGAGCUAACCCCUAACGAGCUGUUUGGCCUCGAGAUCAAGACGCGCGGCGAUGGCUCACGCUUUGCGGAACUUGUGGUGGAGAAGAGUCUGGAUCGCGAGACACAGUCGCACUACAGCUUUCGAAUCACCGCACUCGACGGCGGCGACCCACCGCAUCUGGGCACUGUUGGCCUCAGCAUCAAGGUGACCGAUUCCAAUGACAACAACCCGGUGUUUGGCGAGUCCACCUAUGCAGUGAGCGUGCCAGAAAACUCACCACCCAAUACACCAGUCAUCCGCCUCAAUGCCAGCGACCCAGACGAGGGCACCAAUGGCCAGGUGGUCUACUCCUUCUACGGCUAUGUCAACGACCGUACGCGCGAGCUCUUCCAGAUUGACCCACACAGCGGCCUGGUCACAGUCACCGGUGCUCUAGAUUAUGAAGAGGGCCACGUGUACGAACUGGACGUGCAGGCCAAGGACCUGGGGCCCAACUCCAUCCCCGCACACUGCAAGGUGACCGUCAGCGUUCUCGACACCAAUGACAACCCGCCGGUCAUCAACCUGCUGUCAGUUAACAGCGAGCUGGUGGAGGUAAGCGAGAGCGCCCCCCCGGGCUACGUGAUUGCUCUGGUGCGGGUGUCUGAUCGAGACUCAGGCCUCAAUGGGCGCGUGCAGUGCCGUUUGCUGGGCAACGUGCCCUUUCGACUGCAGGAGUAUGAGAGCUUCUCCACUAUCCUGGUGGACGGACGGCUGGACCGCGAGCAGCAUGACCAGUACAACCUAACGAUCCAGGCGCGCGACAGCGGUGUGCCAAUGCUGCAGAGUGCCAAGUCCUUUACAGUUCGCAUAACCGACGAAAACGACAACCACCCGCACUUUUCCAAGCCUUACUACCAGGUCAUUGUGCAGGAGAACAACACACCUGGCGCCUACCUGCUUUCCGUGUCAGCCCGAGACCCCGACCUGGGUCUCAAUGGCAGUGUCUCCUACCAGAUUGUGCCUUCGCAGGUGCGGGACAUGCCUGUCUUCACGUAUGUCUCCAUCAACCCCAACUCGGGCGACAUCUAUGCACUUCGAUCGUUCAACCACGAGCAGACCAAGGCAUUCGAAUUCAAGGUCCUGGCCAAGGAUGGCGGCCUGCCUUCGCUGCAGAGCAAUGCCACGGUUCGGGUCAUCAUCCUAGACGUCAACGAUAAUACUCCGGUCAUCACGGCCCCACCCUUGAUCAACGGCACUGCCGAGGUCUACAUCCCCCGCAACUCUGGCAUAGGCUAUCUGGUGACCGUCGUCAAAGCAGACGACUACGAUGAGGGUGAGAACGGCCGGGUCACCUACGACAUGACCGAGGGCGACCGCGGCUUCUUUGAAAUAGAUCAGGUCAAUGGCGAAGUCAGAACCACUCGCACCUUUGGCGAGAGCUCAAAGGCUUCUUAUGAGCUUAUUGUCGUGGCCCGCGACCAUGGUAAGACAUCUCUCUCCGCCUCUGCACUAGUCCUAAUCUACCUGUCCCCUGCUCUUGAUGCCCAAGAGUCAAUGGGCUCGGUGAACUUGUCCCUGAUUUUCAUUAUCGCCCUGGGCUCCAUUGCGGGCAUCCUCUUUGUCACUAUGAUCUUCGUGGCAAUCAAAUGCAAGCGAGACAACAAAGAGAUCCGGACCUACAACUGCAGAAUCGCUGAGUAUUCCUAUGGGCAUCAAAAGAAAUCAAGCAAGAAGAAGAAAAUCAGUAAAAAUGACAUCCGUCUAGUACCCCGGGAUGUGGAGGAGACAGACAAGAUGAACGUUGUCAGUUGCUCCUCCCUGACCUCCUCCCUCAACUAUUUCGACUACCACCAGCAGACACUGCCCCUGGGCUGCCGCCGCUCAGAGAGCACUUUCCUGAAUGUGGAGAACCAGAAUACCCGCAAUACCAGUGCCAACCACAUCUAUCAUCACUCUUUCAACAGCCAGGGCCCCCAGCAGCCAGACUUGAUCAUCAAUGGUGUGCCUCUGCCUGAGACUGAAAACUAUUCCUUUGAUUCCAACUAUGUGAACAGCCGAGCCCAUUUAAUCAAAAGCAGCUCUACCUUCAAGGACUUAGAGGGCAACAGCCUGAAGGAUAGUGGUCAUGAAGAGAGCGACCAGACUGACAGUGAGCAUGAUGUCCAGCGGAGCCUGUAUUGUGAUACUGCUGUCAAUGAUGUGCUGAACACCAGCGUGACCUCCAUGGGAUCGCAGAUGCCUGACCAUGAUCAGAAUGAAGGAUUUCAUUGCAGGGAAGAAUGUCGGAUUCUUGGCCACUCUGACAGGUGCUGGAUGCCCCGGAACCCCAUGCCCACCCGCUCCAAGUCCCCCGAGCACGUGAGGAAUGUCAUCGCACUGUCCAUCGAAGCUACUGCUGCUGAUGUUGAGGCUUAUGACGACUGCGGCCCCACCAAGCGGACUUUUGCAACCUUUGGAAAAGAUGUCAGUGACCACCCGGCUGAGGAGAGGCCCACCUUGAAAGGCAGGAGAACUGUCGAUGUGACCAUCUGCAGCCCCAAGGUCAACGGCGCUAUCCGGGAGGCGGGCAAUGGCUGUGAGGCUAUUAGCCCUGUCACCUCUCCCCUGCACCUCAAGAGCCCUCUGCCCACCAAGCCCUCCGUGUCUUACACCAUUGCCCUGGCGCCCCCAGCCCGUGAUCUGGAGCAGUAUAUCAACAAUGGCCCGUCUCGUCCCUCUGAAGCUGAGCCCCGUGGAGCUGACAGCGAGAAAGUCAUGCAUGAGGUCAACCCCACUCUGAAGGAGGGUCGUGACAAGGAGUCUCCUGGUGUGAAGCGUCUGAAGGAUAUCAUUCUCUAAAGCAGUCUCGGGGAAGAAGAGAGAGAAACCAUGCUGGUUAUAUCGAAGAAGCAGGAGCUGAUUGUUUUAAUUGCUCACCAAUGGUUGGUUCUUGAGUGGCUGUUAUUUCAGAGCUUUCCCUAAGUGUAUUGUUUAUAAGUGACUAUCAUUCUGUGACAAUCCCUCUCGUUUCAACAGGCAGCAGGGGUGUUCAGUUGGAGCAAAUUAGCUUUGGCUUGAGUUGUUCAUGGGGCCUUGAUGUUGGGGAAACAGAGACAAAUUCAGUUGUGAAAAGUAUUAUGUAUUAAGUGUUUGAAUUUAUAUAUUUUUCUAUGUCAAAAUUAUAAUAUAAAUUACCAUUGUUUGUGGAGGAUUACAUUAAAAAAACAAAAAAAAAAAGAGAAAGCUCUGGACACCUUUAAUAAGCUCGCCACUGUUUUGUAGUGUAGACAAGUUAAUGGUCAUUUAUUGUGUACUAUUCUUUGAUUCAGUGAUGUGAAAUUGAGCCCCCAAAAGGUUGUUUCUGAAGCUUGAGUACUUUCCAAUGCCGCUACUUUGCUGUGGACACCCCUGCUUUAAGAACCCUUUUGCUAGCUGUGCUAUUGUUGUAUUUGAUAUUGCAAAUUGCUACGUGUGUGGUGAUGGCAAAAGGCUUUUAGAAGUUGGUGUUUUUUUUUCUUAAAAAAAAUAAAACUAUAGACAAAAACAAAGUGCAAAAAACUGAGAUGGCAAGUGACUGAGCAACUCCGCACAUAUAGAUUGAAUACUUGGAGGAUACUCACUCAUGGAGGAUAGCCAUAGAGUGAUUACUCACCACCUUGCAGAGUAUUUCUCCUGCCUUUCAGUCUUCUGCCCAGAUCAGUGAUAGAUCAUCACAGAAAGUCAUUUUUGGAUAUUCUGCUAUCUAAUUUGCAGUUGUCAGAACUACUGUGCUGAAAGUUUUAUGGCAUCAAUUUUUAAAAAUUUCAGGCCCUGAAUGGGAAAGUUGCUCCUGAAUUUAUCAGUUUCCAGGCUUAGAAAUUCCCUGUCUCCAAUCAUCUGAAAUUCAAAAAGACUGAAUCUAUUUUGAGAUCUAAAUUAGCAUCUUUUCCGACACAUACUUCCUGAUUCAGUGUUUCCCAAUCACGAUGAGAAUUAGACUGCAAAGCAUGUUGGGGGCUGGAAUUGAGAACUCCAUGUUGCUCUGCAUUGUAGGAUUAGAAAUAGGAAUAGAGUAAGCAGUAUGAAGUGUAUAUUUAGGAAAAGAUAGGUAACCAGUAACAGCAUCACUAAUCCAAUUACUGUGCCUUCUAAAUGGAGACACUUGGACACUUGAACUCGUCUCUUUAUGACUAAUACUUUUUUAAAAUUAAAAAUGUGAACAGGAAACUAUUAAAAAAUCCUUUAGAUUUAGCUAACUCUUUGCUGUAGGCUAGGAAUACACCUUUUAUUAUUAACAAGUUUAUUACACAUUCUUUUUUUUUGUUUAACAUUUCUCCAACUCCCCCAUUUAGUAAGCAUCUGUUUAUAUUUAGUAGUCAACAUAGUAUUCUUGCAGCCGAAGAGUUCAUUAUUUAAAACUAAACAGAUACGUCACCUUUGCUCUGCCUUGGUCUUAAAAAAGUUUUCUAAAGAAACAAGUUUUGUGGUUCUGUUCUCAUUUGUUUCAUUUUUUGAAAUUCAAGAGUACCCAGAAAAAAGGCUUGGAGGAUAGAGUACUAAAAUUCAAAAGAGGAUUUAUUUCCUUAAGUUUAGUUAGAUAAGUGAGCUCUUUUAAAUGUUUUAGUUAUUUUUGUCUGAGUUCCUGGCUUUAUACAUUACUAGGAAUAUUUUCCUUUAUGGGAGGGAGGGUUUUGAGGGAGGGUGGUAGCUAAGGCAGUAGGGAUGGGUUUAGGUAGGGGAGAAUAUUUCUGAAAAAGAACCUAAAAUGAAUCUAUAAAUCCAUCCUUAUUUCUUUUUCAGUGCUGAAUACUACCUCAUGCAAAAUAUUGGUGUGGCUGCAGAUUUCCCUCUGAAACUGAUAUAAUUAGAGAUCAGUUACCGUAAUAUCUUCAUUUCGGCUCAUUUCAUUAUCUCUCACACUUCUUCUCCCCUCCGAUUCAUUUCAUUUUAGCAGAUUUUGAAUUAGGGAUUUAUUUGUGUUUUCAAGUGCUUUUUGAUUAACAUAUUAAAAAUUAUUUUUUUUCCUUUAAGUUAUGAUGGCUGCCUGUAGAAUUUAGACUGUUCUUCACCUGAUGCAUCCUGAUAUUAGGUUGUUAGCUACCGCAUCAAGGUCACUUUCGAGUCAGAUUUGGCAGUUUUUGUACAGGUGUAUUUCCUACUAUGCUCAGUGGGAAUGAGGGAGCUGAGAAGAUUGUGGCAAGUGGGAAUAUUAAAUAUUAUAUGGCUGUUGAGCCAGAGAGGGCACUGGCUGUCAUGUCUCUUACCAGCCAGGUUUAAAAUGGUUAGAGUAGCAGUGGCAUUGAUUUUGCUGUUUUUCUCCCAUUUUCUUCAGAAAUCAGUUUCAAGCUACAGACCAAGCCCUUUUCCUUACCAAAAUACUGUUUUUUUUUCCUCAGUGGGAAGUCAGAGUGUUUUUGGCUCCCAAACCCUUUAUUGAGCAUGUUCAGAGAAUUCCCCUCAUUAAGAAAGUACCUUCCCCCCCCACAACUGUCUGGUGUAUACGUACUCCCAGAAGCACAAGUGCAUCCUAGGAGGGCUUUGUAAGCUAGUUUUAUAGACAGGCUCUGCCUUCAAGCAGGGAUUUUGUGCAAGGAUCCUAGAUUUCCCUUUGACUCAUGUUUUUCCCUUCUUCUUUUCAAUACGUCUGAUGAAAAGCCACAUAAAGCCAGAGGGCCAAAUAUUCUUCUUUUCCCUCUCUAAACAUGUUACACAUUUAAAUGUAAGGGAGCAGUCUCAGUUCCUAAAUUCUAGGGAGUUCUAUUCCAUCUAUUCUGAUGUCCCUUUUGGGAAGGAGUUGGUGUCGAGGCAUGACUUACUUUUCUAACAGCUGCGUUGGGCACAUCCCUGGGCAGGUAAAUUUCUUCAUGCAAUAUAAAGGCUUUAGUUUGCAUUGAUUGCUUUUCCCCAAAUAUGGGAAUAUGCGAUAUACAAGGAAUAGGAGGAAGAAGAGGGCCACGCUGUGUGGAAUCUCUUCUUUCUUUUCUCUAUAUUGACUGAUCUUUGAACCUGUUCAGAAUGAAAUGUACCAUCUCUUUGACCCUCUUAAAGCCAGUGGAGUAAAUUAUGGUCUGCCUUAUUGUCCAAAUAGGUAAUGGGCCGAGGGAUCCUGAAGUUCCUGAAGGGCAGUUGUUCUCACAGUGUAGUCUUUGAACCAGCAACAACCACAUCACUUGGGAACUUCUCAGAAAUGGUGAUUCUCUGCUCUCACCCGGACCAACUGAAGCAGAAGCUCUGGCAGUGAGGCCUCGUCAUUCAUAUGGAUCAGAUGCCCACUAAAGGUCGAGGGCUUGUUAAAGCACAGGUUGAUGGACCCCACACUUAGAGUUUCAGUCGGUCUGGGGUAGGUCCUGAGUCUUUGCCUAGUCAAAAAUUCUAAAGGGAUGCCGAUGCUGCUGGUCCAGGGACUGCACUUUACCACUGCUCCAGAGUAAACCUGCCUAAUAGAGCUAAUUGCACCCAUGGUGCCCAUUUAAACUAAUUUGUUGACAUGGUGACCCACCGACCAUGAAUCAAAAAGGUUAAAGGGAAUACAACGUAGAACUCUGAAAAUUAGCAACACCCAGAGUAUCAUCCGGAUUGUGUUCCUUCAGCAUACAACUGAUCGUGUGAUGGGAAUUCAGUUGAACUUUUCAUAUUGCACUAUCAUAUCAUUAACAAGCAAAAGAAAAGUGGUCCACUUGAGGCAGCAAGGACAAAGGGCAGUUUGGGGAGAGGCAGGGGUAUAGGGGAUAGCUCAAUUGGGCAUCCAGGGUGGGAAAAGGAUUAUUAUUGUACAUAAUAGCAGUUCUGGUUGGAAUUUCAGUUCACUCUAUGGGGAUCAUUUUGAUGUUGAAUGUUCCCCAAAUCAUCCUGAUAAGUCUGGUCCACUUGGCUCUUUUUCCAGGGUCAUAAGACCCUAACUGACUUUGAAAACCUGGUAUACAUGAGCUUAAGAAGUCCAUUGUAUACAGUCCUAGUGUUUGCCUUCUCAGUAAAAUUACAUUUAAGGAUGUCAUUUCAUGAGUCAAAUUGUAUCUGCUGACACUAAAGUGUAUUGAGAUGUUGUUCUUUAGUUUAAGUAUGUAACAAAGUAAUAUUCAAAGGGGUUGUGUGGGGGUGGGGCUGGGACCGGGUGGCUUUAUAUUGAUAAUGAAAUAUUCCAGAGCAAAACACAUUGUCCUAAUGAAAUUGUUGCAGCUCUCUUUGUUUUCUUGUGAGGCUGGAAUUGGCCUGUGGGUCACUUGUUGUGCAAAAGUGAAUUAAUUUCCAAUAGAACUCAUAUUGCUUUUGUGAAACAAAGGAAAUCAACCACCUUGUCUGAAAAGCAUAUUGCAAGGCGCUCUUGGUAAAGAACAACCCACAAAAACCUGAUCUUGAUUGGAAAGCACUGUAGGUCAUUAGGGAAAACUGAUGAUGCUGAUUGUUGCUCCAGCUGUGUUGGCAAUUAAAGAUGACCUUGUUACUAACUGAACGUUGCUGUCAACCUUAGCAAACAAACCAGCUAACAUCAUUACAGCACUGGUUAAGUAGAUUUUUACUGGCACUGGCUGGCGUUCAGCUGAGGAAGGCUAGGAUACAGACUUUAAUGACCAAGAGCCAGACUAGCUCAAGCUAGAAAUUGAGCAACAAAUACCUCCUUGUGCUAUUUGAAUGCUAAGGUAUUAGUUGCAAAAGGCUUACGCCUUCGCUCCUCUAGUGAGGGGAAUGAGCCUGAUGACACUAUUACUGUUUACCUGUCAAACCAGGGUGGAAAUUUAGAGGGAUGCAAGUACAGUAUGUCUCAUUAAGCAGUCUCUGUUGCUGAUUAUAUGAAGAUGAAAUUGUUGUAUAUGCUGAUCUAUAUGUUAUGUACAUUUUCACAGUGAUUGAAUCAUUGUAAAAAAGAAAAAAAAAGACAAAAAAGAAUCACCACUUUGUCUAUUUUAUGAAGAUGAUAAAGCAGCUUUAUUAAAUUAUUACAGUUAUGUUUUAAAUGGUGUUAUCUGCCACAUUGUUUCCUUUUAUCUGGUGGUUCUCUGUUUCCCCCUUAAAUGUGUUUUCUCUGCUUCAAAAAUUUAAUGCAUUUUAGUAUUAAAGGC